GGUACUGCGGGAAUCUGGAGGAUCCAGUCAAACUCUGAGGAGAAAAAGCGAUCAGAAACACAUCAAACUGCUGGUUCAAAAGAAGAGAAGCGAGUGAAAUCCUCACAGGACAAAAUCUGAGCUCAACGCGACUUUAUAAUGAAACAGUGCGCAUGUGCGAAAUAGCGCAGUGUGUAUGAGUGACUCCGGAGGUAAUAAAUCAUCGAUUAAAUAAGCUGAUCUUCAGACUUUCUCUUUCACACAGAAAAGGAGAAAGUGUUUGCAGGAAAAGUGUUCACUUCCGUGUUCACAAAGCACAGCUCAUCCGGGAAUCUGCUGAAUAAGAUGAAGAUAUGCUGAAGAUGAAGAUGGACAGCAGGAGCCUGAGGAGUUUCUCAGCUCUGCUGCUCUUCCUCCAGUUCUGCUCAUGUCUCUCAGAUGGAGAUCAGAAAUCCAGACCAAACUUUGUGCUGAUGAUGGUGGACGAUCUGGGCAUUGGAGACAUCGGCUGCUAUGGGAACACCACCAUCAGGACUCCAAACAUCGACCGGCUGGCUUCAGACGGGGUGAAACUGACCCAUCACCUGUCGGCUGCUCCGCUCUGCACACCCAGCAGAACCGCAUUCAUGACGGGCCGAUACGCUCUGCGCGCCGGUAUGGGCAGCACAGGUCGUGUUCAGGUGAUUUUGUUUCUGGCUGGAUCUGGAGGUCUUCCUCCUAAUGAAACCACCUUCGCUAAACUGCUGCAGAAGCAGGGCUACAGCACCGGCAUUGUGGGUAAGUGGCACCUGGGUGUGAACUGCGAGAGCCGCUCUGACCUCUGCCAUCACCCUAAUAAUCACGGCUUUGACUUCUUCUAUGGUCUGCCGUUCACGCUCUUCGUUGACUGUGCGGUGGGCGCGGGGUCCGGAGUGCUGCUGGACUAUCAGGAGAUGCUGCUGAACUCCUGUAAGCUGCUGCUGGUGUGUGUGCUGACUCUGCUGGCCCUCAGGGGCUCCGGGCUCCUGUACGCCAGCUGGAGGCUCCUUCUCCUCCUGUCCACCGCCGCUGCGAUCUGCUUUCUGCUGUGGUUUGUGCCGUUCGGGCUGCUGCGCGUCUGGAACUGUGUGUUAAUGAGGAACGGAGAGGUGGUGGAGCAGCCGAUGAACUUGCAGACGCUCAACAGCAGACUCAUGAAGGAAGCAGAGCAGUUCAUGGAGAGACACAGAGACGGGCCGUUCCUGCUGUUCCUGUCGUUCCCGCAGGUUCACACUCCGCUGUUGGUCACCGAAGGCUUCGCUGGGAAAAGCAGACAUGGGCUUUAUGGAGACAACGUGGAGGAGGUGGACUGGAUGGUCGGUAGAGUAGUGGACACCAUCGACAAGCUGGGUCUGACGGAGAAAACCCUGCUGUAUUUCACCUCCGACCAUGGCGGAGGCAUCGAGGAGGGUCCGAGUGGAGGCUGGAACGGGAUAUAUCGAGGUGGUAAAGCCAUGGGCGGCUGGGAUGGAGGGAUCCGUGUGCCGGGUAUAUUCCGCUGGCCCGGGCGUCUCGCUGCUGGAAGAGAAGUGGCAGAACCCACCAGCCUGAUGGAUGUUUUUCCCACAGUGGUAAAGCUGGCCGGAGGAGAGCUGCCGAAAGACAGGCUCCUGGAUGGUCAUGAUCUGAUGCCGCUGUUAGAGGGCAGCAGCAGCCGCUCUCAGCAUGAGUUUAUGUUCCACUACUGCGGCAUGUAUCUGAACGCUGUACGCUGGCACCCACAGAACAGCUCCUCCAUCUAUAAGGUGGUGUUCUUCAGCCCAGUGUUCUCCCCCGAGGGCUCCAGCGGCUGCUUCAGCACGGGCGUCUGCAUGUGUCACACACCGCAUGUGACGUACCACACCCCCCCGCUGGUGUUCCGCAUCAGCAGCGACCCGUCCGAGAGGGUCCCGCUGACGGAGCGGACAGAGCCGCGGGUCCCGGAGGUCCUGCAGAGGGUGAAGCAUGCAGUGGAGGAGCACAGGAGGAGUCUGACCCCCACAGAGAUGCAGCUCACCUGGAGGAAGACGCUCUGGAGACCCUGGCUGCAGCCCUGCUGUGGGACAUUCCCAUACUGCACCUGUACUGAGGAGGAGCACACACACACAAUGAUGGAUGAGGACGCACACACACACUAACACACACUGCUGUGGGAAACUCCCAUACUGCACCUGUGCUGAUGAGGUGGAGCAACUACACUAAUGCACGAGGACACACACACACACUGAUAGAUGAGUUGGCACGCACAUGCACAUACACAUGCACAUAUAAUGAGUUUUGCACAGAAUAUAUAGAUAAUGCAGGAGAGGACAUUGGGAUGUUUUGAAGAAUAGUGUUGGAGAUUUAGCUCCCCUUUAAUCUUCUCAUAUUUAUGAAAAACAUUUGAAGUGCUAAAGCAGCUGUAUCCUUUAAAAAAGACGUGAGAGUGUCAUGAGAAACUGAAUUGGAAAUGUCAUUAUUUUAAUAUAGUCAGUCGUGAACUGAGGUGGGCCGGUCUAAGGCUUGAAACUCCAGGGCUUUAAAGGAGUCCCACUCCGGCUCUGAUCCAGUGUGAUACCCAAUUCAACAGCAGCGCUUCCCACACAUAAGACUUUACCUCAGCAGCCCGGUUCUGUGUGUGUGAGAAACAGAAAACUACAGACUAGGAUGCUCUGCUGCUGCAGACCCACAGAGACGCGCUGGACACCUGUUCUGACUUUGGUAGUAGCUUUGAGAAGAGCGCGAGGACACACGGAGAAGAAAAGCCUUUUACUAAAUAGACUGAUCCAGCUCAUUAUUUAGUGACAACACAUCCUCCUUUUCCCCGACAUGUCCUCUAUUUGGGACUUAAAUAUACAUUCAGCCAGGAUUUCUAAAUCGCCUAACAUGUCCCGGAUUCUGCUUUCAUUUUCUACAGCUUCUACAGCGCCACACGAUACAAUUUCGCAUUAUCAAACUCUAGUGUGACUGCAGCUUGAAGCUGCGCUCACACUGGGCUUUUCCUCCCAUAGACUUCCAUUCAUACGCACGUGAAUGCAUCAGACUGUAAACGCAGGGUCAUGCGUUAAGUUUUGCAGUUCGCUGCAGUGCAAAGUUCAAGCUUGGUGAACUCUGACCUGCGAAAUCGCAUCACUUGACUGCGUGAGACCAAUCGAGGAUCAAAACAGGACCUCUCUGAACAGAAAUUUAAAAUAUGGAGCAAUCGCUCGCUUUAUUAAUGUCUAAUCAUGUUUAAUCCCGCCCCUUUUCACAGCGCCGCACGACAGAAUUUCACAUUAUCAAACUCUAGUGUGACCACAACUUAAGAGCUUGAUUAGCUUGCUCAGGUGUGUUUGAUUAGGGUUGGAGCUAAACUCUGCAGGACACCGGCCCUCCAGGAACAAGUUUGGUGACCCCUGGGUUACAGCAUACCAGCAUUUAUUAUUAUUAUUAUUAUAUAGUGUGCACCCAUCUGAAAGUACUGCUUAAAACAUAAUCCACAACUCUGAUCAUAUUUUCUACUGUAAUCAUGUUUGUGGCCAUACAGUGAAGUAACGCAGUGAGAACUCAUUUACAGGAUUUGAUAGUGUUGGUAAAAACACGGUAAUCCUGUUAGAUGACGUCGCAUUACUGCAGCGUUCACACCUCAUUAUCUGUUCAAUUCAGUUUCUUUUAUUGCUUACUGUAUGUUGGAAAUCAUUUAGCUUUUGAUACUGUAAACCAGGGGUCACCAAACUUGUUCCUGGAGGGCCGGUGUCCUGCAGAUUUUAGCUCCAACUCUAAUCAAACACACCUGAACGAGCUAAUCAAGCUUACUAGGUAUACUUGAAACACCAAGGCAGGUGUGUUGAGGCAAGUUGGAGCUAAACCCUGCAGGGACACCGGCCCUCCAGGACCAAGAUUGGUGACCCCUGCUGUAAAACAUUCCUUCAUCAGGAAUAACAGUGAGACGAUAUUAAUCACAGUGAGACGA